UCACCGGGCCAGCACCUGGCCCAGAUCAUUGUGAUGGGCACACAGGUGGUACAGAAAGCCUUUGCUCCAGCCCUGAGGCAGGAAUUUGCAGCCAGCCGGGUGGCAGCUGAGGCUCAGGGAAAUUCAGGACACCAGUCUGCAGCUACAUCCACCUUCUCUAGCCUCAGGCUCCAGAGGCCCAGCAGAUUCUAGAAAUCUCCAAACUGAGUGCAGUAGGACUGAGUGCAGUUCCAGAAGAACUAUGAAUGCCUAUGUAAGGCAAAUGAUAAAUAUGGUGGCUCCUUCUACUUGCAGUCAAAAAUCACAAAGCAGCACCUGAGUGAGGAUCUCAGAAUCCAGGCCAAGGAGGACAGAGAGAAAGGGCAGAUGCCUAAAAUGUGACUGUUCGUCUCUUGAAACCUCACCCCGCUGCCUCUUAAUUUAUAGCUUAGUAAUAAAUGUCUUUUCUGCCAAAAUAAAUA